CCAACUCACACUUCCGCUACUGCGUGUUAAAAAAAAAAGAGAAAAAAGAAAAGAAAAGUUCCCUGAAAUCUGGGAGAAGUUUGUCUUUGCAGUAACUCAAACACGCCACGUUUUGGUGACACAGUUAGUCAAAUUUACGAAGCUCGGAAGACACAAACAGGGUAGGUUCGCGUUAUAUUUAAAAACCGAAACAUGUCGAUGGGAGCCUCGUACAACGACCAAGGAGGAGCGGAGGCAGCGGUGGAAGCGGGGCAGGAGACCACCCCGACCUCCUCCGGCACCGGGGGAGCUGCCUUCGGGCUUUUCAGCGCCGACUUUAAAAAGAAUGAAGACCUUAAAGAGAUGCUGGAGAGCAACAAGGAGUCGCUCAAACUGGAGGCCAUGAAGAGGGUCGUGGGGCUCAUCGCCAAAGGGAAGAACGCCUCCGAGCUGUUUCCUGCCGUCGUGAAGAACGUGGCCAACAAGAACAUCGAGCUUAAGAAGCUGGUGUACGUGUACCUGGUGAGGUACGCAGAGGAGCAGCAGGACCUGGCUUUGCUCUCGAUCAGCACCUUCCAACGGGCCCUGAAGGACCCGAACCAGUUCAUCCGAGCUAGUGCGCUGAGGGUUUUGUCCAGCAUCCGCGUCCCCAUCAUCGUCCCCAUCAUGAUGUUGGCCAUCAAGGAGGCGGCGGCCGACCUGUCCCCGUACGUCAGGAAGACGUCCGCCCAUGCCAUCCAGAAGCUCUACAGCCUGGAUCCAGACCAGAAGGAGCAGCUGAUCGAAGUGAUCGAGAAACUACUGAAAGACAAAAGCACACUGGUGGCCGGCAGCGUGGUGAUGGCCUUCGAGGAGGUUUGCCCCGACCGCAUCGAUCUGAUCCACAAGAACUACAGGAAGCUGUGCAACCUGCUGGUGGACGUGGAGGAGUGGGGCCAGGUGGUCAUCAUCUCCAUGCUGACGCGCUACGCCAGGACGCAGUUCACCAGCCCCUGGAAGGAGGGGGCCAUGUUGGACGAGAACAACGAGACGGCGUUCUACGACUCCGACUCGGAGGAGAAGCGAGGGGACCAGGCGGAGGCGAAGCCCUACGUCAUGGACCCAGAUCACAGGCUGCUGCUGAGAAACACCAAACCCCUGCUCCAGAGCAGGAACACUGCUGUCGUGAUGUCUGUCGCUCAGCUUUACUGGCAUCUGGCCCCCAAACACGAAGUCAGCAUCGUCACCAAAUCACUUGUUCGGCUACUGAGAAGCCACAGAGAGGUGCAGUACGUUGUGCUCCAGAACAUCGCCACCAUGUCCAUUCAGAGGAAGGGGAUGUUUGAGCCCUUCAUGAAGAGUUUCUACGUGAGAUCCACAGACGCUACACAUAUCAAAACACUGAAGUUGGAGAUUCUGACCAAUCUUGCCAAUGAAGCCAACAUCUCCACCAUUCUGAGGGAGUUUCAGACCUAUGUGAAGAGUCAGGACAAGGCGUUUGCAGCAGCCACCAUUCAGGCCAUCGGCAGAUGUGCCACCAACAUCUCAGAAGUUACAGACACCUGCCUCAAUGGACUGGUGCUGCUGCUUUCCAACAGAGACGAGACCGUCGUGGCCGAGAGCGUUGUCGUCAUCAAGAAGCUGCUUCAGACUCAGCCCACCCAGCACAGCGAGAUCAUCAAACACAUGGCCAAGCUCUUCGACAACAUCACCGUUCCCAUGGCCCGCGCCAGCAUCCUGUGGCUGAUGGGCGAGUACUGCGAGAGGGUGCCAAAGAUCGCACCUGAUGUCCUCCGUAAGAUGGCGAAGACUUUCACCGCCGAGGAGGACAUCGUGAAGCUGCAGAUCGUCAACCUGGCGGCCAAGCUCUACCUGACCAACUCUAAACAGACCAAGCUGCUGACCCAGUACAUCCUGAACCUCGGUAAAUACGACCAGAGCUACGACAUCAGAGACCGGACGCGCUUCAUCAGGCAGCUGAUCGUUCCCAACGAGAAGAGCGGCGCCCUCAACAAGUACGCUCGCCGCAUCCUACUGGCCCCUAAGCCGGCGCCGGUGCUCGAAUCCACCUUCAAAGAUCGAGACCGUUUCCAGCUGGGAACUCUGUCCCACAGUCUCAACAUUAAAGCCACGGGGUACCUGGAGCUCUCAGACUGGCCGGAUGUAGCUCCCGACCAGUCUGUGAGGAACGUGGAGGUGAUUGAACCGGUGAAGGAGUGGGCACCGUCAGUCGGGAAGAGCAAACAGUCCAAGUCCAAGUCUGACAAGUUCUACUCAGAUGAUGAAGAUGAGAAAGAGGAGGAGGAGGAGGAGGAGGAAGCGUCUGACAGCGGAGGAAGUGAAGACAGCAGCAGCAGCAGCAGCAGCGGAAGUGAAGAGUCGGGCAGCGACAGCGAGGAGGGAAGCAGCGAAGAGUCGGAGAAGACCUCCAGCGAUUCUGGGAAGAGUUCCAGCGGAUCCGAGAAGAGCUCCAGUGAGUCCGAACGAGAACGAAAGCAGAAACAGAAGAAGAAGAAGAAGACGACGACGACGACCAAGAAGGCGCCGCCGAUGAAAAUCAAGCCGGCUGCUGCUGACAGUGACUCGGAUGAAAACGGUAACGGGCCCGUGGAGGCGGCCAGCAGCUCGUCGCCGGAAACCUCCUCCGGUUCAGAGUCGGACUCCGAGGACGACUCGGAGUCGGACCCCCCCACGCCGCCACCAACGAAGAAGACGGCUGCAAAGCCCAAAACCAAGGUGGCGGUGAACUCCAAGAAGGAAGUGUCUUUAUUGGAUUUGGACGACUUUUCUCCCGCACCCACAAACGCACCAAAGCCCUCGGUCUACUCUCCCAGCCUCUUGUCCGACCUCGAAGGCCUCUCUCUGUCCGGCGUCUCGUCCGCCAUGCAGGUUACGACUCCGGCGUUCGGGCCGGUGAAAACCUACGAGCUGCUGCACCACAUGACGGGGAAAGGCCUCUCGGCUAAGUACCACUUCCCCAGGCAGCCGUGCUUGUACCGGCCCAGCAUGGUGGCGGUUCAGGUCAUGCUGGCCAACGGCUCGGACCACGGCCUGGAGGAGAUCCACGUGGGGGACCGGAACCCGGCGGGCCUCGACAUCCACUGCUUCAACACCAUCGAGCGCUUGGAUCCGGGGGCCUCGGUGACGGUUUCCAUGGGCAUCGACUUCAGCGACUCGACACAAGCAGCCAACUUCCAGCUGUGCACCAAAGAAGACCAGUUCAGUGUCUCCAUCCAGCCGGCUGUAGGGGAACUGUUAAUGCCCAGCACCAUGACGGAGCCCGACUUCUGCCAGGAGCAGAAAAAGCUCCAGGGUAUGAACGAGACCUCGGCAACCGUCACCGUGGCAACGGCCAACGCCUCCAGCCAGGCCAUCAGGAAGCAGGUCCUGUCCGUGGCCAACGUCGGCGUGGUGACGUCCAGCCAGAACAGCGUCAACAGGUUUGCAGGGCGGACGGUCAGCAGCGGGGCCCUGGUCCUGGUGUCUCUGGAGCUGAAGGAGUCCUGCACCGCGCUGCUCACCAUCAACACAGAGAAGACCGUCAUGGCGUCCAUGUUGCUCCGAGACCUCAAACAAGCCCUCGGCCAGGCGUAGACCCCCCCACCACCUCCACACACACACACACACACACACACACACACACUCCUCCAUCCCUAUUCUCAAUUUCCCUGUAGUCAAACAUAAAACAACACUCAAAAAUGAAGAUUUCUUGCUUUUUUUUUUGUUUUGUUUUGUUUUUAUUUCUGUGGUUUGGGACAUUUCUGGCAGUACUUGCGCACACGUGGCACUUUGAUCCACAAACCAGAAGCUGUGGCUCGAGAAUUAAACUGGAAACUAUUUUUUUUGUCUUUUUUUUUGUUUUGAAAGGACUGUCCUGAACCAUGGGAGUAACCUUGUGGAGUAAUUUCCAAUUUAAGACGCAUAUCAGAAGUUUAAAUAUUUCAAAAGAAAAAAAAAAGUAAAAGACUACCUGCUCCUUUAACUGGGCAGUAGUUAUUUAUAAUAAAUGAAAUGAUAACGAACCAAGAAGUGGAUGUUCAUUUUGGGAGAACGCGCACAUCGCUACAGUGUCGUCCUCUUCCUCCUCAAUAAACUUUUCUACACCAACCCGACAUUUACACUUCAGUCAGUUUAAGUGCCUUCUACAGAAAAACCGACCGGAUCAACAAGGAGUUUUUAUCUGUAUCUGUUUCUGACCAAUAAAAAAAGAAGAAAAAAAAAAA